AUGGCCAUUGGUAGCAUCAAGCCGAAGCAUUGGAAAGGCAUGUCACUUAAGAUGAGUGUACCAAGUCAAGCCGAGUCGCGGAGGCCAAGACCGCUCGCCAUGCAAAUCAAGUGGCAUCCUCCGGAACAACCAUGGAUCAAGAUUAAUACGGAUGGGGCAGUGUCGACGACGGGCAAGGCAGGAGGGGGAGGGGUGAUCCGAGACCACGACGGGAAACUUUUUGCCGCCUUCGCGACCCCUCUCGGCACACAAUCUGCCCUUGAGGCCGAACUCUUGGCCAUCUCCCACGGCCUCGGUCUGGCUAAGGAGCUUAACCGGCCCAUGUGGAUUGAAUCUGACUCCGAGCAAACAAUCAAGCUCUUCAAUGGCACAGGAUGGGGGCCGGCGUAUAUCCGCCGAGUCAUGGCGCGACUUGUCAUCUUUAAACAACAACACAACAUCCGAGCCUCCUUCAUCCAUCGGAAGGGGAACAAAGCGGCUGACUGGCUAGCUAAGUGGAGUCUUGACCAAACAAAUUUCGGCAACAUGUCGGAGCAGACCCCCUAG